AUGAACGAAAAAUCCGCGCUAGACUCAGUUAGCACAUCCAGCAAGGGUCAUGAUUCGGCAUCCGAAAUUGACCUCUUGUCGUUCCACGAGCAAAGGGCAGGGCGUCUGAUCAUAGACCCCGAGUGCGCUUGUCUCUCCGCUCCCGUAUUCUUGACUGAUUCUGACGUGUUGCCUAUCACCAUUUCUAGGGAAGCAAAAAUCGAACUUGGAGAAGAAGUCGCGUCAAGGUUGAAGCUGUCUGCUGAUGGGACCAAGGUUCUCUGGCCGCAGCCUACUGACUCAGAUCUUGACCCACAAAACUGGAGUGAUAGGCGAAAGAAUAUAUUACUUCUUAUAAUAACUCUCGCUGCCAUCGUGCCAGAUUUUGACUCCGGAAUUGGCAUUGCUUGCAUCUUUGCUCUAGCAAAGCAAUUCAACACAACACCCGAUGUUGUUAACAACAUUUCACAGAACUGGAGUAUCUUUCUGAUAGGAUGGGGAGGAAUCUUUGCUGUAAUGUUAGUGCGCAGAGUUGGCCGACUCCCUGUCCUCUUCUGGUCGCAGGUUCUUGGAUUAGCGUUUUGCAUUGGCUGCACAUUUGCCCCUAAUCUCAAAACCUUUGCUGCUAUGAGAUGCCUGAAUGGAUUCUUUGCGACAGCUCCUCAGGCUACUGGUCUUUACUGCGUAACGGAUCUGUAUCCCUUCCACCUCCAAGCACGUAAACUUAACAUUUGGACCAUGGGCUUCUUAGUUUCUCCUUUCCUGGCUGCUUUUGCGUUUGGUAUGCUCGUGUCAGUUUCUUCCUGGCGAUGGUCAUAUGGAAUCGGCUCGAUCUACUCUGCAAUCGUUGUUCUUCUCAUUAUUUUCUUUAUGGAAGAAACCAUGUACGACAGGACAGUAAAACCAAUUCCAGUUCCUACUACAAGUGGUCUUCGAAAACGAUUUGAGGACCUCGUGGGAAUUACCGGUCUGAAAAUGCAGAAGUAUCGUAUCUCAUGGCACGACUCGAUUAUGAGCCCUCUCAGGCUCGUGUGGAGACCCCACCUACUCAUGGCCCUAAUUUUUGAAGCAAUGUUAUUCGGAUUUAGCAUUGGUAUCAAUGUUACAAAUGUAGUUUUCCUAGGAACUCCUCUUCCGUUUGGUUAUGGCUUCGACCAACUUUCUAUUGGUGCAUCUUAUGCGACGCCUAUUGUCGGCGUCCUUCUGGGUGAAAUCAUUGGAAGAUACACUAAUGACUUCAUUAUGAACGUCAGUAUAAGGCGUAACAACGGUGUUUUCGAAGCCGAGAGUCGGCUUUGGGCAUGUUAUAUAGCGAUUCCAUUAUAUAUUUGUGGAUUUGUUACCCUCGGUGCAGCUUUGGAAAGACAUCUGAGCGUUGGGGCUUUAAUUAUGGGAUGGGGGAUUGCUGAAUUUGCCGUCAUGAUCAAUACAGUGGCUAUCUAUGCAUACUGCAACGAUGCCUUCCCAAAGCAUCAGGGAGAAAUAAGUGCUUUAAUAAACAUUGCCCGCACCCUCGGCGGGUUCAGCGUCGCAUAUUUCCAAAUACCUUGGGCCUUGAAGCAUGGUGCUAUACAGACCUUUGGAUGCGAGGCCGCUAUCGUUGCUGGUUUGUUUUUACUAUUUGUGCCAUUGCUACAAUGGAAGGGGACUUCGUUAAGAGCAAAAUACUCCUUGCACUAA